AAAGCGAAGAUCUUCCGAAAUGAUCAUCCGGUUCCUUUUGCCCAUAUGCUUGGGGAUUUCUGCCGUUUCGACCGAACAAUGUGGAGUGAAUAUGUACGAUAACGAACCUCAAUUGGAACGUGUUGUCGGAGGAAGAUUAGCCGUUAGAGGAGAAUUUCCGUGGCAAGUUUCCUUGCAACUGAAUCAUCCGCAUCACGGUAAAAUUCCACAUUGGUGCGGUGGUGUAAUCGUAGAUAAGCAAUGGGUAUUAACUGCGGCGCACUGCGUGAUCAAUCCUCUAUUCGUCUUGGUUCAUCCGCAGUUUUGGAAGGUCAGAGUGGGAGAACAUAAUUUGAAACAAUACGAAAAUAGCGAGAAGACUGUAGAGGUAUCUCACGUUUAUUAUUAUCCCUGGUAUCAAGGAUACAAUAACGAUUUGGCCUUGUUUCGACUCAAAGAACCGUUAGAAUUCAACAAUUACGUAAAACCCAUAUGUCUAGCGGAUAAAGUCACGCAGUUUUCGGGAAUGAAGUGUUUCGCUUCCGGCUGGGGCAAAACCGAUUAUCAUUCCAAAGCGUCGGACGUCUUGAGGACCGUAGAGAUCAAGGUUUUCAACAACCGAGUGUGCGAUGCAGCUUACAGAGAGAAGUUCAAAAUUCCCAUUAAGCAGUUCCACGUCUGUGCCGGAGAAGUGGUGGGGGGCAAAGGAACGUGCAUGGGCGAUUCCGGAGGACCGUUAGCCUGCAUGAAGUCCGGAAAGUGGCAGUUACUCGGUCUUACUUCCUUCGGAUCCGGAUGCGCCAAACCCGGUUUUCCAGACGUUUACACGCGCGUGCCCGAGUUUAUCCAGUGGAUCAAAGAAAAAAUGGCUCUGCAUCCUUGAAAAUACACGCGUCUUCUGACAUGGGGGAUUUUGUGUACGGAAUGGAAGUUUCUGUAGCGAAUCUGUGUAGUUAUCUGGUGGUGUUUUACGAGCAAAAAUAAAGAUUCGGAUUUUUUCCAGGUUUUAAGGCUCCGAAUAUGUAUAAAUACCGCGUUCUGUCCACACC